AUGCCCCGUGCUCGAGGGCUGCUGUGCCGAGUUGACCCGAAUGGUUUGGAUCUUCUUAAGUGCUACCACUCGUUGACAGCUUCGCUGUACGAGAAGAGCAUCGGCUGCCUCCUUCUCGUUGCGCGGGACUUGUUGGAGGAACUGAACCUUGGCAGGUGCACAUUGAGCACAUGGCUUGGGCAGGAGUGGCGCAGACCUGGCCCGGAGAGGGAGCGCCUCAUCCCUGCGAUGACUCGCAUUGUGCGGGCAUGUGAAAUGGUGCUGCAACUUACCGAAGGUCACGGCAUCGAUGUGGUUUACAAGAAGCAGAGCCAUGCUUUCUCGCAGGCCCCUUUUGAAGCGAGUCGAGGAUUCCGCAAGCUCCAUUGCGCCGUCGAGACGAAGGGGGACCGGAGAUACUUAGCAAAAGACUGCCAUGAGAAUGGCAUCAGAGGACUCAAUGUAGAGAAAGAAAAUCAUCUGGUGCUCAUAGCGACUGAAGAGGCUGAUAUGGAGGCUAUGAGCAAGUUUCCAUUGGCUGGCAUCGUGGAGCAGUUGAAGCGGAAACACCAUGCCACGCACGAUCAGCUUUACUGUCAAGCGUGCGAUUACUUGGGACGGCACUGUGGAGCCUCGAGAUCAAGGGCUAUCGCUCGCAGCUUCGUGAAGGGCGGGACGCUCUACUUGAAAGGCUUGCCUGCCCUGGCAGACGAAGCUUUUGUGAACACUGUCAUCCGCGAGGCUGAACGUGCCGUGAGGGCGGUGGAUGGCACAAUGGGCUUGCGUUGGCAAAUUCAGCGUGUUGAAGAUGCAUGGCGUGCAGGAGAGAAGGUCGCCGUCGUCAAGUUCUUUCACGGUGAGAUUUGUUCGCAAUUUUGUGACAAGGCCAAGCACAUCUUAAAGGAGAAGCUGAAAGCAGCGGAAAAUGCAGUCCCAGGGGCCAGACUCGAGACUGGCCCGGGUUUAUUGUAUGCUGCGGACCUCUUCCUUCAAGGAGGCAGCAUUCAAGACAUCCUCAGCGCUUCAGACGUCCUUCAAGUAGUAGCUCGGCCGGGUUCCGAGUGUCUGGGCUGGUAUUCAACCCAUGAUCGACGGGAUCUCCCAAGCAUCCGCCUGAUCUCGGCGCCUCACUGGCUUCAGCGGGCCAUGAAUUCUCUCCCUGGUGCUUGGCAGCUUUGCCGCUUAACUUUGCCGUACCAGGUCUUCCAACUCCUGGACAUGAGCUUCCGUCCUGACUUGGCAGAGGGAUGGGUGGAAGACAUUCACGGUGCUAUGCACACCAGGCGCAUCACUUCUGUGGAGGCUCCCGCGAACCUUUUCGAGCAGACUGCGCAUGGAUUGCACAGAAUGGGAAUAUUUCCACAUUUUUCGGGCACGCCGUACAAGAACGAAGAGUUUUACAAAGAGUUGGAGGAUCAACAGACCACUUUGUUGAGACAUGUGCAUCUCUUCGGCAAGCCGACCUCCGCGAUCAGGGGCCGAACUGCGGUACAUGCAUGGGUCGAGCUGGAUCGGGUCUCCGACCUGGGUGUUGAGGAUGACAGGCGUGGCGACGAGAUAGACUUUGAGUUUUCAUCUGAGGAGGAGACAGGUGAAAGCACCAGCGCCACGGGGCAUUCAGCCCCAGGUUCACCAGGAACUCCGCAGACCCUGCCAUUUCCAGAGAUGCCCGAGGCUGUGCAGCAAAAUGGCAAGGUCUAUGCGAAGGUCGUGCACAACUUUGAUGCAGCGCAGGAAGGAUACGACAGAGACACGGUGGACGUCUACUUGAGCUUGCGCCGUGGUGACUGGGUAUUCUGGAGUGAGGAGGAUCCCGAGCUGGACGGCGGAUGGCGCAAAGUGUGGGCCAAGAGCGAAGCUGCAGAAGGCUCCUGUGAAGGCUGGUUUCCAGACAACCAUCUGCAAGUCGCUGACCUCUCGCAGCAGUCCAUCUCUUUGCAGGCCGAAGUUGCCUCCGAGUGGUUCGCCAGGUCUUACUGGCUGGCAGAUGGCGGAACCUGCGAUGUCUACGGCGUCCAGUUGCCUUCCGGCCGCGUUGCGGCAAAGGUCCUGCGCUCGCAGGAGAGCCAGCUCCUCGUGAAUGCCAUGCACAAUGACAGCGCGCUCUUCCACCAAGAGGUCGAGACACUGCAGAGGCUGAGCCAUCCCAACGUUGUCAAGUUCCUGGGUUCCGGAGAGACGAGGGAUUCCCACUUCAUCAUCAUCCAAGAGUUCGUGUCGCCAGACAACUUGCUCCAGAUCUUGCCCAACGCUGCCUUUAGCUGGAACAUGAGGCUCAACGCCGCAACGCAGCUGUCUGAAGCGAUCCGCUACAUCCAUAGCCUCGACGUCAUCCACCGCGACAUCAAGCCUGCCAACGUCUUGGUCAGCUUUGAGCAUACCGCUGGUCUUACGGCCCUGAAAUUGUCCGACUUCGGGCUGGCAAAAGGUGCCCAGGACCGGGCGAUGCGACGGUCGAUGUCCAGCACUCGUCGAGUGUGUGGGAGCCCGGGUUACCUUGAUCCGGACAGCCUUCGCGGCGGAGGGUCCACCAAGGAGUCUGACAUUUUUUCCUUCGCCAUCGUGCUUCUAGACCUGAUGAUUGGCACCGGAUGCGGAGAGGAGGCCGACCAUUACCGAAGCGCACGGCGGAACCGGGUGGUUUUCCAUGAAGCGUGGAGCCCCACGCCGGGACCCGCCAAGACUGCCCUCCUAGAAUUGGUCUUCUUUCUACGCGUCUUCUGGCGAAAUAUCGACCGCUCCUCUGAGAUGGUCUGGUCCUUGCACGUCUACCUCAUGAUCGGUUGGGCAUACUGGCUACUAGGUGCGACCCAUGAGCUGACCAAAUGGUGCAGCAUGCCAAGCUACAUCCAGUCAGUUGCUUUAGCUCUGCAUCGCUUGAAUUGCGCUUGCCUAGAGUUCGCGUUCACCUACUCGAUCCAGAAACGCCUCAAGGUUACGGAACGGGGCAUUGGUGUGGAGCUGGGUGCGAAGCAAGUGCGGCAGAUUCGUUGGAGCUUCUUCGUCCUUCAGAUCGCGAUAGAUUUCGUGCGCAUCUAUGGGCAGACCCAGACGACGAUGGUGACUCAAGUGUUGUCUUCUGUCUAUCAUGUUGUGGCCGGAGCGGGCGUUCUGAUGACUCUGGUCGUGGCGGUACGAGCUUUCCGUCGGGUGAAACGAGCUCUGAAGGAAGUGUCUGUUCGCGAAGAGAGUUACGCAAGCGCUGAGCGCGACUGGUGUUUGCGGGUCUUGAAUCGAAUGAUUAUGGCCGUGUGCUUCUCCUGCAUCCUGAGCGCAGCCUCACACAUCCUCUGCCUGCCUGCCAUCUUCCUCGCUCCAGAGGAGUGGAGGCAGCUGAUUGUGCCGGGCUACCACUUCAUGGAUGUCACGGCGGAGCUCAUCGGUCUCGUCUUCAUCGUUGGGAUCUUGAAGCCACCCGAGAAAGUCAGUUUCGCCGAGCAGAGCGUCCCACGGCUCCGGGCCAUGCGCGGCAUGAGUCGGCUGACGGAGGAGCUUCCCACAACGGAGGAGAACGACAAAGUGCAGGAACUGGCACUUCGCAGCAUCAACCUUUCCGAACUGCUCGACUUCUAUGAGAGCUUGGGAUGUGAAGGCUCUCGGAUGCCACACUUUGAUCCCUGCCGGUCCACGACCCACGAUGUCGUGCGCCAGGCAAUCAUUCCAGCAUCGCGCCAGGGCUCGGGUGGCAUGUCCUAUGCAGAGCUGCUGCAGCAAACUGGCCAUGUCGCCAACCGGAUGCCCGACUGUAUGGUGACGCACUCCUGGUCGAACCUCUUCCUUGACCUCGUAGCCGCCGUCGUGGCAGACGCCCUGGGUCAUGACGAGUACGACAAGGUUGCGCAUUGCCUGCGGCAGGGGCAUGUGGAGACCCUGCGGCAGCAGCUGCUCACCAAGGGCACGCUGGGCAACAGCUACUGGAUCUGCUGUUUCUGCGUCAACCAACACUCCAGUAUCUGCGCUGGACCCGGGCCUGCCCCGACGGAAGCUGCGGCCAGGGUUCGCUGGGAGCGGAACUGCCGGGACACGGUCACAGGCGAGCCCCUCACAUUCUGUGACUGCCUGGAGCCGAAGCUUGCAAAUGACGACGCGGACUGCGAGGUGAACAAGUUCGAUGCUAUGAUGCUGUGGCUUCAGUACAAGAACCCUCGCUUGAGGCAGCUCGUCGCAGUGGAUCGCAAGUUUGACGUUUUCUCCCGUAGCUGGUGUAUCGCGGAACUUGUGGCUGCUCAUGGCGCGGACAUCCCGCAAAGUGUCUGCUUAGAGACCAGCAAGCCUUUCGAUCCCACAGCGGAAGACCUGGCGAUCUAUGAGUACCUGGUUAACCUCAGCGUCGCCAAUAGCCUCGCGUCGCGGCCCGAGGACAAAGAGAUGAUCUUGCAGAAAGUGUCCUCUGUGCGGGAGUUCGAUGCAGCUCUCCAGAUGCUGAUCUUUGGGAAUCGAGGCCUGCUGACGAAGAAGCUCACGGGCUUCGACUUGUUGGAGCCCGCGGCACGUUUCACACGCCGGCUUUGCAAAGUCAGGUCCAUUGAGAUCUGA